ACGGGCCAGAGGCGCGCGCGAAUUAAUCCCCAUCCGAGCCGCACCAGUGCACCUACGUACGGUCGCGUCGAAAAAACUAAAAAAAAAAAAUCUAAAAAUCUGCCCCCUACAGCCGCCAUCACGAGGCUAGGUGGAUGCCUCGAUCAAGCAGGGCGCCUAGCGCGGCAUGACCAGCGAAUUUGCGGCGAGCGAGCCGCCUAAUUUAAUCCUAAACAAUGGCACCGUCACCGUGGUGGACACUUGCCUCCUGGUGCGCAAAUGGUGGUGUUUCCUGCUGUCCAGCGUGUGCACCUUCGUGGUCGGCCUGCUCAUCGUGCUGGUAUGGAGGCUGUUCGCGUUCCUCUGCUGCAGGAAGGAGGCCGAACUGGGCCCGAACGAUCCGAAGCAGAAGGAGCAGAAGGCCGCCAGACAGGGCAAGCAGGAGUUCGAGGGUACCUUCAUGACGGAAGCCAAAGAUUGGGCCGGCGAACUCAUAUCUGGACAGACGACCACGGGAAGAAUCCUUGUUGUGCUGGUGUUUAUCCUCAGUAUUGCAUCACUCAUAAUAUACUUCAUAGAUGCUUCGAAUGACGGCGUCGAACGAUGCCAAGAGUGGAGCAACAAUAUAACACAACAAAUCGACCUUGCCUUCAAUAUAUUUUUUAUGGUCUAUUUUUGUAUAAGAUUUAUAGCUGCUAGCGAUAAGUUAUGGUUUAUGCUAGAGAUGUACUCGUUUGUAGAUUAUUUCACGAUACCCCCGUCCUUUGUCUCUAUAUAUUUGAACCGCACCUGGAUUGGUCUUCGAUUCCUUCGUGCCCUACGCUUGAUGACUGUUCCCGAUAUUUUACAGUACCUAAACAUUUUGAAGACUUCCAGUUCCAUAAGACUUGCUCAGUUAGUUUCCAUAUUCAUAUCAGUUUGGUUGACAGCCGCUGGUAUAAUCCAUUUGUUAGAAAACUCAGGUGAUCCUUUGGAGUUCCGUAACCCCCACCCUUUACCCUAUUGGACCUGCGUAUACUUUCUUAUCGUCACUAUGUCGACGGUAGGAUACGGUGACGUGUACUGUCAAACUAUCCUUGGAAGGACCUUUCUCGUUUUUUUCUUGCUAGUUGGCUUGGCGAUUUUUGCAAGUUGUAUACCCGAGAUCAUUGAUCUGAUCGGAACUAGGCCAAAGUAUGGCGGAACACUGAAGAAUGAAAGAGGCAGAAGGCAUAUUGUUGUGUGCGGCCACAUAACCUAUGAAUCGGUGUCGCAUUUUCUCAAAGAUUUCCUUCACGAAGACAGGGAGGAUGUCGAUGUUGAAGUGGUGUUUCUGCACAGGAAACCGCCUGAUCUUGAACUGGAAGGUCUGUUCAAGAGACAUUUUACAACAGUAGAGUUCUUCCAAGGUACCAUUAUGAAUCCUAUCGAUCUGCAAAGGGUCAAGGUACACGAAGCAGAUGCAUGUCUAGUACUCGCCAACAAAUACUGCCAAGACCCAGACGCUGAAGACGCUGCAAACAUCAUGAGGGUGAUCUCCAUCAAGAACUACAGUGACGACAUAAGGGUCAUCAUACAGCUGAUGCAGUAUCAUAACAAGGCUUACCUGUUGAAUAUACCCUCUUGGGAUUGGAAGCAAGGGGAUGACGUCAUCUGUUUGGCAGAGUUGAAGCUUGGAUUCAUCGCCCAGUCUUGCUUGGCACCAGGGUUUUCAACGAUGAUGGCGAAUUUAUUCGCUAUGCGUUCUUUCAAGACGUCUCCUGACACCCAAGUUUGGCAGAACGAUUACCUUCAAGGCACAGGAUGUGAGAUGUACACUGAGACUUUGUCCCCUUCUUUCACAGGCAUGACUUUUCCGCAAGCCAGCGAGUUAUGCUUCACCAAACUGAAACUUCUUCUGCUCGCCAUAGAAGUUAAAGGGACAGAAGGAGCGGAUAUAAAAAUUUCCAUAAAUCCAAGGGGUGCAAAAAUUGUUGCCAACACCCAGGGAUUCUUCAUAGCCCAAUCAGCAGACGAGGUUAAGAGGGCCUGGUUUUACUGUAAAGCUUGUCACGAUGACAUCAAGGAUGAAACUCUGAUCAAGAAAUGCAAGUGUAAAAAUUAUGUCGGAAUGAUAAUGAUGCAGACUGGCAUGGUCAAACAAGGGAUUUAUCCGACGUAUGAGAGAUACUUGGAUGUGGCGACAUUCAGGAAAGGUGUGAGGGCAAUUCAGUUGGUCGGAAGAGCAAGCGAGGAUUUUACGUACUCAAAUGAUCAUCAACCUCCUCCAACAUUCACUCCACCAGAGUUGCCCAAGAAGGUUCAUCUGAGAGGUGACAUUAACAGGCACGAAGACUUUCACAUAGGACAUCGGAAUCAAAAUCAGAGGAAUAGCACCAUGAUCACAUCUAACAUGGUGAAUUCAACGAAGCCUUUAAACAAGGUUAAACCUAAUGUUACAAGAACAACCACUGAUACCGUGGUAUCACCAGGGUAUAACUCAAGACAAACGGAACAGGAUACCACAUCUUAUGCCGGUUACCAUCUUGCCUAUGAAGUCAAAAAACUCAUGCCGACAAGUCGAACUAGCGGCGGUACUAACCAAAAUAACAAUGGUGUAGCCCUACCAGUGGGUUUGGCCGACGACCAAGCCAAGGACUUCGACUUUGAAAAGACUGAAAUGAAGUACGACAGCACCGGCAUGUUCCACUGGGGACCAGCGAAAGGACUGGAGGAAUGCAUCCUUGACCGUAAUCAGGCAGCCAUGACGGUUCUGAAUGGUCACGUGGUGGUGUGUUUGUUCGCCGAUCCGGAUUCACCCCUGAUAGGGCUCAGGAACCUGGUGAUGCCCUUGCGCGCUAGUAACUUCCAUUACCACGAGCUCAAACACGUUGUGAUAGUUGGUUCUGUAGAUUAUAUCAGGAGGGAGUGGAAGAUGUUGCAGAAUUUACCAAAAAUAUCUGUCCUCAAUGGUUCUCCGCUGAGCAGGGCAGACCUCCGAGCUGUGAAUGUCAAUUUAUGUGAUAUGUGCUGUAUUCUAUCAGCAAAAGUACCUAGUAACGACGACCCCACGUUAGCUGAUAAAGAAGCAAUAUUAGCGUCACUCAACAUCAAGGCAAUGACCUUCGAUGACACGAUAGGUGUGCUGAGCCAGACUAACGGUGACAACGCUGCUGGUACUCCAGUAGGUAGUCCUAUCAUAUUACAAAGGAGAGGAUCAGUCUACGGGGCAAACGUUCCCAUGAUAACAGAACUGGUAAACGACAGCAACGUUCAAUUCUUGGACCAAGACGACGACGACGACCCUGACACAGAGCUGUACCUAACACAGCCCUUCGCGUGCGGCACAGCCUUCGCGGUCAGCGUCUUGGACUCCCUCAUGUCCACCACCUACUUCAAUCAGAACGCCCUAACGCUGAUCAGAUCUCUGAUCACCGGUGGGGCUACUCCGGAGCUCGAACUCAUACUGGCUGAAGGUGCUGGCCUCAGGGGUGGAUACAGCACCCCCGACAGUCUGUCGAACAGGGAUAGAUGUCGAGUGGGGCAGAUAUCGCUUUACGAUGGACCACUGGCUCAGUUCGGUGAGACUGGGAAGUAUGGGGAUUUGUUUGUGGCUGCGCUGAAGCAGUUUGGGAUGCUGUGUAUAGGUCUGUACAGGUUUAGGGACACCAGCUCGUCCUGCGACGCUAGCAGUAAGAGAUACGUCAUUACGAAUCCACCGGAUGAUUUUCAACUGCUUCCAACUGACCAGGUGUUCGUGCUGAUGCAGUUCGAUCCAGGUUUGGAGUACAAGCAGGUGAGAGGUCGCGCUGCUACAGGUCAGGGAAGUGGUACAGGAGGUGGAGGCACCAACAAAGACGACAAUUCUUGACUACUGCUUUGUAGCGCCCUCACUGACGGACCCUAUUCCUACAUUUAAUAAUUUCACCAAACCAUCAUUCCAAUUUUUCUUAUUUUUAUUCUUUAAUCUUAAGUAUGGCUGACAUUUCGUUCCAUCCUGUCUGGAGUUUUGGGAGGGUAUGAAAGGGAUGUUUCCACAGUUCUAGGAAAAUCAACGUAAAGACAGAAAUAGAAAAUUAUCCUCCUAAAAGUGUCGAGAUACAUCACACAUGAGAGAACUGCUCGUUUUCUUGUUUUGUUAGGAUUUUUAUUUUAGAAUCAACGACCUCUGGUGUUUAUGAUUGAGUUGAACAAUAUUAAUCAAUUCCUGAAAAACUCAAGAAUGAUGCUGAAUAAUCGAUUAAAUAGUUACUUUCUUAUGUCUCCACGUUGGAAAUUAGAGAUUUAUCAGUUUGUUUAAAAUAGUUUUGGGCAGAUUCCUCACACACGACAAUCAAAAAUUCCCAAUUUUUUCCCACUGUCACUAUCCAGAUCAGUUUCAGUUCUCCACGUUUCUCUUUUUGAUUUAUUCGAUACAGGGGGCGCUACAAAAGACCGGAGAGUCUAUAAAUGAACGGAGAGAGUGCUUUAAAAAGAGCCAGUGUAUAGUAUCCAUCGUACCGAUGGAAAAACUCAAAAAAUUACGAUUGCCUAUAAGGAAAAUUUUUAAAUCUACUGUGCCAUGUGAUCGAGGAAGCGAGUGAAAAAUGAGCUUUUAUAUAGUGAAAAUGUUGAAUUGUAGAUUUAUUGUUAGACGCUGGAGGUACAUAUAUGGUAAAAGACCUAAUUGUUAUUGUGAAAUUAAUUUUUAUAUAGUUGAUCGUUAAAAAUCUUUUUUAUAUUGUAAUCGGAGUAAUGUAAAAUAUGUAUAUAUAGAACAUGCGGGCAAGUUAUUUCCAAAAAUUCUAAAAAAAUUAGACUCGAAAGAAUUGAAUCAGCGCUUUAUAAGGUUAGGAGAUGAAUGAGGAUCUUGAAAUUUCUGACCAAAAAUCAUCGAUUUUAUUAAUCUCGAAUAAACCAUGGGGUAUAAGUUAAGCUCAAUAUUUUUUUCGGAGGUUAGUGCUGAAAUUUAAAAAAAAAACAUUAAUGAAUUAAGAAAAGAUUCCAAAACCUCACGCUAGAGAGUUGUGAACAGAGGUGAAAUCUCUGAAAUGACGCGUAGCCCUUAUUUGCCUGGAGAAAUUAAAAAAAAAUUCAAAAUGUGAUAUUGUAUAUAUUCAGUUCUUGUUCUGAAAUUUUGUUGUUUAUACGCAAAAAUUUAAAUCUGUGUACAGUAAUUUACUGAAUUAUAUUCUAAGUGAACACUUAUAAAUCUUGUUUAGCAAUAUUGAUACGAAUCGUGGAAAAAUUCGAAAAUACUGGGUCAUGCUUGAUAUAAUAGACAUAACAGAAUGUGAAUUAUUCAA